AUGGCGGCGACUAUCACAGCUAUCGUAACGGACACCAUCACAAAGACUGCGGCAAUGUCUGCCACAGCAUCUUCUACAGCUAGAGCAAAAGCUCAGGGUGGCAUUUUGGAAGGCGAGAAUCCAACACAUUACAACCCCAAGGACCCUAUCAUCAUAUUCAUCAUUCAGAUUCGACAGCCGCGUGUCAUCGCAGAAGUCAUUGGCGGUGUCUUGCUCGGUCCCUCGGUCAUGGGUAGAAUCCCUGGAUUUACAGCUACAAUCUUUCCAGCGGCUGCACAGCCGAAUCUCGCUCUCGUGGCUAACAUUGGCCUGGUCCUUUUCCUUUUCAUUGUUGGUCUCGAAGUCGACUUACGAUAUCUGGCGAGCAACUGGAAGGUUGCAUUGAGUGUUGGACUGGCUGGUAUGGCCCUGCCCUUUGGCCUUGGCUGCGGUAUUGCUGUUGGGCUCUAUCAUCAGUUCUCGGAUGAGGAUGGAACUGAGCCAGUUGCCUUCGGCACGUUCAUGUUGUUUGUUGGUGUGGCCAUGGCUAUCACUGCUUUCCCAGUGUUGUGUCGUAUCCUUACCGAACUUAAGCUCUUGUCGACUUCCGUCGGAGUCAUUGUACUAUCGGCUGGAGCUGGCAACGACGUUACUGGUUGGGUCCUUCUUGCGCUCUGUGUCGCCCUGGUCAAUUCUGGUUCUGGCAUAAGUGCCCUCUACGUUUUGCUGACAGCUCUCGGGUAUACCUUGUUCCUCUUCUUUGCCGUCAAGCCGACCUUCACUUGGGUACUCAGACGUACACGUACCUUCGAGAACGGACCAUCCCAGGGUAUCAUCGUUCUUACUCUCAUGAUUGCUCUUGCAUCUUCCUUCUUCACUGGAGUUAUUGGUAUCCACCCUAUCUUUGGUGCCUUCAUGGCAGGGUUAAUCUGUCCUCAUGAGGGUGGUUUCGCUGUCAAAGUCACAGAGAAGAUUGAGGAUCUUAUCAGUGCUCUAUUCUUACCUCUCUACUUCGCCCUUUCCGGAUUGUCUACCAAUCUUGGUCUUCUCGACACUGCCAUCACAUGGGGGUACGUCGUCGGUGUCUUGGCUGUUGCUUUCGUUGGUAAGUUUGUAGGAGCUUCUGUUGCUGCCCGUCUCAAUGGUCUCGUGUGGCGAGAAAGCUUCACUAUUGGGGCUCUGAUGAGUUGCAAGGGCCUUGUCGAGCUGAUUGUCCUCAACAUUGGUCUGCAAGCAAAAAUCUUGUCUCAAAGAACCUUCACCAUCUUCGUUGUAAUGGCCUUAUGCACGACGUUCUUCUGCACUCNNCCCCUGACUAUGGCUCUGUAUCCGCCAUGGUACCAGAAGAAGCUAGAAGCCUGGAAGAAGGGUCUCAUCGAUUGGGAUACAGGUAGCCCGCUCACCCCUGGCGAUGAUGCCUCGUCUAUCGUCGCGGCGAAGCUGGAGACUAGCAAGAUCAAGUCGCUACUCGUACAUCUGAGGUUGGAUAAUAUGUCUACCUUGAUGACGUUUGUCUCACUCCUGGCCGCUCCCAGCAAAUCCGGCGAUACUACCGCAAGACAGCAUCCUGCCUUGGCUGGUAAGAGCAACAGUGUCGACGAACACGCAAAGACGCCAAGUCGGCCCUUGGAGGUCCAUGGUGUCCGGAUGAUUGAACUCACAGACAGAGACUCAUCUGUCAUGAGUGUCUCGGACGUCGAGGAGUUCCACUGGAAAGAUCCCAUCAUCAACACCUUCCGAAACUUCGGCAGGCUCUACAAUUUCUCGGUUUCGGGAGAAGUCGCCAUUGCGCUCGAGUCGUCUUUCGCUGAAAUUAUCACAUCAAAAGCAACCAGCGAAAAUUCAGACCUUCUUGUCCUUCCCUGGAGCGAGAGUGGAAGCAUGCACGAACAACAAUCUUACAAUGGCAACCCCGCCACACCCAGACGACUCGAAGACACAAGCUACGUUAGUUUCGUGGCAGCGGCACUCAAGUCCUCAACUUGCAAUACUGCGGUUUUCGUCAACCGCGGCUUUGGAGGUAGCGCAGUUGCACGUCCUCCGAAAACUCUGUCUCGUCAAGCCAGCAAGAUUAGUUUGUCGAAUGAUCGGGGACCUGCAUCUGCUCCUAUUGUGGAUAAGUCGCACCAUAUCUUUAUGCCCUACUUUGGCGGUGCCGAUGGCCGCGUGGCGUUGCGUCUUGUGCUGCAGUUGGCAGAAAACCCCGAUGUCACUGCCACCAUUGUGUUUUUCGACAGACUGGAUGGCAAUAGUGGCUCACCAGAGGGUAAGGAGGCAGAGUCCCAUGGUUCGCCUGUAGAGGUUGCAAGUACAGGAUCAUCAACUUUGAGGGACGGGAAACCCAAACCCGUCACACAGAUCGAACAAAGCGACGAGACAUUCUUCGCCAUGGUCCAGAAGUCUCUGCCUGUAGAGUUGUCCUCAAGAGUGAUUAUGGAGUCCAUCUCGUCGCACUCGCCCCUGGAAGAAGCAGUUUCUCGGGCGCAGAUUGGGGUCGCGCAGAACCCGAAGAAUGCAGGCGACUUGAUUGUUGUCGGCCGAAAGGACUUGUCCAACGAUUCGGGCAGAGCGUGUCUGGGCCUCGUUGCCCAACGAUUCGUCGAUAGUGGACUUCGAGCCAGCAUUCUGGUCAUGCAAGCGAGACCGUCCUACACGUCUUCGGAAAUGCUGUGA